CGGCGGAUCAAAGAGUCUGCACUCUGCAGUAAGCAAAUGUUAAGACCAGCAGAAGUCGGUCGUACAGUUAAGAAAAUUAAAUAUGCAGAUGUCAGAUAAAGAAAGUCAAGAAAAUGAACUUUCUGCGUUGGAAAGCAUAUAUAAUGCAGAAGAAAUUAAAAUUAUAGAAGACAGUGGUAAAUCUGGCGGACAAUUCUAUGCGUACCCAGAUAUUUCGUCUGAUUUUAAAAUCAUUUAUCGUGACCUAAGGAAAGAAGAUAAUGAAGUCACCGAAGUUAGUAUCAGGUACUUGCCACCAUUGGUUUUAUACUUCAGCUUACCUCCCGAUUACCCAUCGACGAAUCCACCGGAUUUCACAUUAUCGUGCAAAUGGUUGAGAAAGAUUGAGAUUUCAAAAUUGUGCAGAAAAUUAGAUGAUAUAUGGGAAGAAAACAAAGGCAUGGAAAUACUUUUCCUUUGGACUCAGUUUCUGAAAGAGGAAGCACUGAAAUUUCUAGGCCAUGAAGAAAAGCUAGAUCUGAGUGCAAUGUACACUUUCAACCAGAAGUUCAUUGCCAAUCAUCGAUCAGAGAACAUUCAGAAGGUUAUUUUUGAUCCAAGCAGUAAUGAAAACAAACAUGGAAACAAAAGUCUCAGGAAUAUAUUUUUGACUACAGAUGGGAAAGACAAGAAGCUAGGCCACAACACUCGUGGUCGGGGUUACUCAAGCAGAGGAAGAAGAGGAUAUAGAACUAACUGGAAAUCCCAAAGAAACUGGGAAAAUCGUUACACCUACACUCCAUCGCCACCUAGUGAAAGUGAUACAGGUACUAAAGAAGAUAACGCAGGGAUAAGACAGAGGAAAACUGAAACUAAAGAAAACAUUCUGGAAAAGUCAUCUGAAAUGCCAGAAACUGCUUCACAAGCAAAUGGCAUAGCAUUCACUUCAAGGCAAAGCAGAACAGGAGACCCACGUGCCGUUCUGGACAUCAGUCCAUUCACUUCAGUUGUUAGAGUGAUUGUGGACUACAAUAAAAUCAGAGAUGAAGAAGUUUUCAAACGCAAUUUCUACACUUGCAAGAUCUGUUUCCAGGAUAAAGUGGGUGCACAGAGCACAAAGUUUGACCCAUGUGGUCAUGUGUUUUGUCGCAAUUGCAUCUCCUCGUACCUUGAAGUCCGCAUCAAAGAGGGCACUGUCCAUCAUAUAGCCUGCCCUGAGGAUAAAUGCACCUCAGAAGCGACACCUGCACAGGUGCAGGAACUUGUGAGCCGAGAAUUAUUUCAAAAAUAUGAUUCUGUGCUUCUAAACGCUAUGUUAGAUUCAAUGGAGGAUGUAAUUUAUUGUCCGAGGUCAUUUUGCCAGUACCCAACAACACGUGAUCCUGAUGAGAAAAUGGCGACAUGCCCAGCUUGCAAUUAUGUUUUUUGUGUGUACUGCAAGAUGGUCUACCACGGUGUUGAACCAUGCCGUUAUAAGUCAGAUGAAAAAAUGCGGCUUGUGGAGGAAUAUCGGUCAGCAGAUGAGAAGCAAAAGGAAGUGCUGGAGCAGCGUUAUGGUAGAAGGCAGUUACAAUUACUUGUUGACAAUACAAUGUCAGAAGCAUGGAUUAGUAGCAACAGUAAGAACUGUCCUAAUUGUAAUGCUGCCAUAGAGAAAUCAGAUGGAUGCAACAAAAUGGUAUGCUGGCGAUGCAAUACCUAUUUCUGCUGGAUUUGUAGUGCUCGUCUGAAUCCACAGUGCCCUUACCUGCAUUUUAGUAGCAGAUCAUCUAAGUGCUUCAAUCUGCUUUUCCAUGGAGUAGAGCUUGAUGCUGAGCUUGAUGCUGAAAUGGAUGAAGAAGAGGAAGAUGAAGAGGAAGAAUUCGGUGCCUUCAUAGGUCUUGUUGCAUAGCUGGAAUCUGGUUCAGAUGUCUGAUGAUUCUCGAUUAAGUUAAGACAAAUGUUCUUUCAGGGUUACAGGUCAUAGAUUAUUAAACAUUGUACAGUUAGCAUGUUCUAAGAUCAUGUUCGGGUACAAGAGUGCUAACAGAAUUAUUACUGUAAUAUUAUGCUUAAAGUAUCAUCUGUCCCUGUUGCAGAAACAAAUUAUGUUGUGUAUUUAAACACUUUGACUGUAUCAGAUAACACACAAGAAUAUAUUUUUGAUUUAAUAAUUUUAUAGAAAUGUUGGAAAAUAAUUGUUAGAUAGUGAGCUGUACUUGGGUAGUAACAAGCUCUGUGCAACUAGGUAUAGAUCAAAGUCGAAGGUUCUGACUGUUUUCUUAUGUCUCGCCAAGUUUCUAAUACACUUAUUGUUAUUUUUGCUGUUAUUAUUUGUAUACUAUAUUGUCAUUACGGGUAUUGAAACCAAGACUUUUGGUGUUUCAAAAUAGAAGUUCCUUUUAAUUUUUUUUUUUUUUCAACCUCCCCUAAAAAAUUCAAAUGGGCAGCUUUCUCUUAUACUUGGACAGGCAUAUGCAGCAUAUUUUGUUAUGGAACUUGUAUGUAAAAAAUGUAAAUAUAUAAUUUGUUAGUCUAUGUACAAUAAUGUUCACCAUAUAUUUUUACUGUUUUCAAACACAGUGAAAAAUUUCUUAAG